AUGGCCCCACGCGUCUCGGGCCAUCCCCAAGACCCUUGUGGGGGGUCUUUUCCUUUGCUGUAUGGCUGGAUUGAGCGGAUGGGCGGCGAGGCCCGGGUGGAUCUCCUGCAACCCGCCCUCCCCGCCUGGGAAUCCCCUGGGCUUCCGUGGGAGGGGGUUUCGCCGAAAGCGAGGAUGGAAGGUGUGGAGAGCGCCGGGCGGGUGGUGGGGGCGUUGAGUUUUGUCCUGCACGUCGUGAGCCGACCUCUUCCCGGGCUCGCGGCGUUCGAUCCGACCGCGCUGGAGGACGACGCGCGUCGGGGCGGCCUUCCGCCCUCGGGAAAUCCGGCCGGGUCGGCCGACGCGAGGGGCUUUUCGGCCCCUUCUUCUUCUUUUUCGCCUUCGUCGGGGCGCGCAGAAGGGGGGGCGUCCGCGGAUUGUUUUGGCGAGGCGGAGCGCCUCGCGCUGGAGCGCCGGGACGAUCGCGAGAUGGUGCGGAACGCGGUGGAGACGGUCCUGCGCUACGCCCAGCUGUGGACGGAGCAUCCGGGCUCGACGGGAUCGGUUUAUCGCGACCACUCCACCGGGUGCGAGUAUAUCAAGCUGGAACCGAACGGGAAGUAA